CGAGGCGGGGAUUGUGCGCGCCGCCCAUCGCAAGUGCGGGCUCGUCUCGGAGCGGAGACGGCGGAGGAAGGAUCUCCCGGCGUGGAGACGCAGAACGUAGCGGGGGUAGGGGGGACAACGAUGCCCAAUCGCCGGUAGGCCGGUGCUCCAUUUACGGACACUUUUCCACAUCUUAUCCCGCUCGUCCGAGCCACUAGCUCAGAAGACCCACGAUGCCUUUGAGCGGACUCACGAUGGGAAAGAGCGGAACCAUGGUUCUUCUCUGCAUGCUGUUGGGCUCCGGGGAACUCCAGGAGCCGGAGCCGCGGAGGUUGCCACCCCCGCCGGCCAAAUUGGACUUCGGCUACGUGCCCGCCGGAGUGUACGAGACGGUGGCCCACUACGAACCGGGACCCAUCGGCAUUCUGUUCCACAUGGUGCACACUUUCCUGAGCCUGGUGCAGCCUAACGACUUCCCGCAAGAUCUUCUUAUCAGACUGGCCAAGGACAAGUUUGGAGCUCUUCAGACUGAAUAUCAGAAGCCAGAGAACAUAGUGCUGAGCCUGCAGGCGAUCUACUACGAGGUGGGCUUCCUGGUGUGCGCCGCCGUGGGUGUCCUGUUCGCCGUCCUGGUGCCCGUGGUGGGCCUCUUCUUCUGCCUGUGCCGCUGCUGCGACAACUGCGGCGGGGAGAUGCACCAGCGGCAGAGGAAGAAUGCCGACUGUCGACGAGGCUUGCUGGGAACGUUGCUCUUCUCCACCUCGCUGGUCGUCACGAUCGGCCUGUUGUGCGCGUACGCCGCCAACCAGAACCUGAGCGCUCAGGUCAAGAACAUCCGACGUCUGGUCAACAGCAACAUGAGGGACCUGCACGCCUUCGCUAACGACACGCCCAUGCAAAUCGAUUACCUCACCUCCCAGUAUGCCACCGCCAAGGACCAAGUCCUCUACGACCUGGAGAACAUAGGUCCGCUAUUAGGCGGAAGGAUACGCGAUGCGUUAGAUAAGGAGGUGGACCCGGCCUUGGAUGCCGUGCUGAAAACAACAGGAGUGAAAAUCGACAGAGCCAUCAAAGCCAUGCGUGAAACCAAGGAGGCCCUGGAGAAUGUGAGUGUGUCUCUGCAAGUGCUGCAGGAGGCCACGGGCAAGCUGGACUUGAACCUGAGCCUGCUCAGGGCCAACAUCAAGCGCUCGCUCAACGACCCCGGGUGCCACGACGAGGAGUCGGACGCCACCUCGGCCCAACUGUGCCGGGGAAUCCGCCGGUCACUGGAGCAGCUGCACAUCAGCGCCAACUUCACGCGGCUUCCCAACGUGAACGCUCAGCUGGAAAAGAUGAACGACGUGUUGAAAACGGACCUCAGCGCCGUCGUCAACAAGGGUUACGCAUCCUUGAACGACACGCCUUACAUGGUGAUGGUUCAGACCCGGGGUGUUGUCGACAGGGUGCAGAACUUGGUGGCCGACAUCGGCGGGAACGUGGGCAACCUAUCCAAAGCGUUCCCCGUGCACACCUACUUGUCCAACUUCACCAUCUUCAUCAGCCACGUCCACGCCAAGAUCGAGGACCAGUACCCUGAAAUUGACAAGCUGGACUUCUACAGGUGGACGGGCUGCGUGGCUUUGUGCUGCAUGCUGGUACUGGUGCUGGCCUUCAACUACCUGGGCCUGCUUUGCGGCACGCUGGGAUACGACAAGCACGCCUCGCCCACCACGCGAGGGUGCAUCUCCAACACGGGGGGCACCAUGAUCAUGGCUGGCGUGGGCUUCAGCUUCAUCUUCUCCUGGGUUCUUAUGGGCCUGCUGACCGCCAUCUUCCUGGCGGGGGGGAACACGGAGAAGCUGGUCUGCGAGCCCUUCCACACCAAAGAACUCUUUAAGGUGGUGGACGCGCCGUACCUGGUGAACUCCGAGUGGAGGAACUUCAUCCCGGGGUACCUGUACAACGACUCCGAGCUGGAGCUGACUGCAGAGAGCUUGUACAGCACUUGCAAAGAAAACAAAGGCAUUUACUCGGCCCUGCGCCUGGACAAAGUGUUCAACGUCUCGUCUUUCCUCAACGUCACAGUGUUCACCAAGGACGUGGUGGCGCUGCUGAGCAGCGUGAAAAUCGACCUGAGAGACGUCAUCUUGCUGGAAGCGGAGGGCAAGCAGAAUCUUCUGGAUUUCUCCGAGGCAGGACUCUCGGAAACGAACUACGCGGACUACCUGGAAGAGGUCAACAAAGGAAUCACAGUGGCGGACUUGCUUUCGUUUGCCAAAGAGCUGGAAGCCCAGACAGACCUGAUGCCUCGGGCUCCUUUGCAAAGGUCUCUGAAAGGUCACGCGGGCACCGUGCGACAGAUCCACAGCCAGCAGGUGGUCCCCAUGCAGCAGGCCAUGAGCGCCCUGAACCAGAGUAUGAGAUUCCUGGAAAGAACCGCCUCAGACCUGCCAAACAAAGUCUUAGCCGUGCUGGAUGCAAUCAACGCAGCCCAGUAUCUCAUUUCCCAUAAUGCAACACAACUUAUUGACCGGGAAAGUGCAAAAUACACAUCAAAUAUUGUGAGCUACUUCCAUCAAUACAUUGAGUGGGUCAAGACCUCUCUGGCCAUGGACGUGGCACCGUGCAAGCCUAUCAGCAACGUGCUGGACACGGUGGAAAUAAUCACCUGCAGUUUCCUAGUGGACUCCAUGAACGUGUUCUGGAUGGGUCUCGGCUGCAGCACGCUCUUCCUCAUCCCGAGCAUCGUGCUCGCCGUCCGGCUGGCCAAGUUCUACCGCAGGAUGGACACGGAGGACGUUUACGACGAUAUGGAAAGUGGUAAUAAUGGUUAUCAUAGCGAGCACCCACAAGGCAUCCUAAACCCCCCCGUGACCAGCAUCCCAACAUACGAUACCAUGAACCGAUUCCCGCGGGCCUCGGCUCCUCCGAGGCACAUCGACUGGUGACCGAGAGCUCACAUUCUCUUGUGGCUCCCGGACCGACAGAGUGCUUUAUUAUUCCAGCUUGGAACCAUCCUUUCGUGUGCAUUUGAACCUCUCUUUCCUCUAACUAACUAACUAACAAAUGAACUCUUUCUUCAAGCUUCUUUUAGGCAGUUCGUCUCUUGAGAGUGACGUCACGCUGCCACGAACUCCACUGGAACUAAUAAAAAAAACAAAAAGAAGUACACGGAAACUGAAGUCCAUGAAACUCAAAAACAGGAUUUUUCUGUGACGACGACGAACUUUUCAUCAUCAUCAUCAUCAUCAUCAUCGUUCCUGCAGGACAUCAAUGGGCCGAAGUCCAUCUGUUUACAUUUCUUUGGAUGCAAAAAAAAAGAAAAAAAACUAGCAAACAUCCGAACUGGACUGCAACAAUUUCCUUAAAACAACAAGAGUGGCAAAGUGGUCACAAGGACGGACGGACGGACGGUAACGACGCGCUGCUGAAGGACCUGCUAAUCAGGUAGCUUGGUUAUUCUUGUGGAUGACGGAAAAAUGAGGCUUAUUGUUAUGUUUGCAGCAUGUUGGCAUCAACGGAGUGGAAAAAAACAAAAGAAAAAGAAACUGGACAAACUGGAGAUAGCAUGACUUUUAAAUGUUUACAGUAAUACAAAAAAAAAAACGUCAACCUUGUGGAAAUUUUGGGGCUCGUUACGAAAAGACUGGUUGCCUUUCAGGUUGGCAUUUACUGCUUUUUAAAGGGACUGUUCGCCCUGCGUAGUGCUCACGCUGUUUUGGAAGUUUCUCAACUCUGUGGGAAGAUGUUUAGUGCAGCCUUUUGGUCUCGUUUUUUUUUUGCUGAAGCUGUACGCUCGACUUUUGUCCGCUUUUGCAAAUUUCACUGCACUCUGCGCAAUGAAAUUUGACUGGACUCCAUCCGAUUUCAUCAGGUCACUAUUUUAUUCAUAUCACAUUCAAAUUUGGCAUGUUCACAACAAUACUUCACAUGGACCAAAAGUGAUAUAUUUUUCUUCAAUUUAAUUUUUAUUUUUUUUUUGAAGACAUUUUUUCCCACAUGGAUUUAAAUAAUUCAAAAACUAGUUGACGGUUUCAGUUCUAGUGUUCAAAGUUUUCUCCAGGCUCUUGUCCUUAUAUUUGUGUAAAAACAAAAAUUGCAGUUGAACCAAAGAGUGGCUUUCUGUUAGUAAAGUGAAACAUUCGACAUGACAAAUUAGAUGUCGAUAUUGAAAAAUAUAUGGAUAUAUUUAACGAAAAACGUACUUUUCUCUGUAGGUCGCUAAAUCAACAGCCAACCCCUCCAAUAAAUCUCACCACCUUUUUUUUUUUUACUGACUGAAGUGGAGAACAAUCACAGAUAAAACAAUCAGUACACCCACAAAUCAAUCAAAAGCUGAAAUAUAUCCUCGAUAGCUAUUUUCAUAAGAGUACUUUUCCUUUAUACUUUAUACUUCUUUCAUUAUGUCUUCAACAUUUAUAUCUCUGCUGAAUUAACAUUCAAGUACAAGGUGGAGAGAAUUAUUGUUGUCAAGCUAUAAGUUAGAUUUUUUUUUUUUAACCGUAGAUCUCAGGUUUUUCCCGCUAAUUUCCACUAAUGUUCCUUUUUUUUUUUUGUAAUCUAAACUACAUGAAUACAUUUAUCGAAUAUUGAGCUAGAGCAAGCGAAUGUAUUCCACUUAGUUUUUUUGUCAUUUUGUACAUUGUACUCUAACGCUAAUACGUCCUGCUAAUAUAUCGCCUCCGUGGUUACAGGCUAGUUGCUGCUAAUUGCUGUUGAUGUUUAAAAUCAAAAAUAAAAAAACACAAGACAUUCUGCUUAUGAUAAAAUACGUCAUUUUGGUGUGGAAAAACAAAAUACAUAAGAGAAAAUAAGCAAAACGACACAGCAAGCUAGUGCCUAGCUAGCAUCUGAAAUCUUCUACCAACAAAAUACAAAUUCAAAAAUUCAAGAUUUAUUUGAAAAAAAAAAAAAAAAACAUCAUCUUGAGGUGAACCAUUCAUCAAAAUGAUGUCAUUUGGUUGAUUCUUGAGGUUUUAAGAACAUUUUUACUCAACUGUUAGCUUGGUUUUAUGCUACAGUUGUACCUUGACUUCUGAGUGCCCCAAUUUACGAGUUUUUCAAGUUACGAGCUGUGACUUUUUUUUUUUGCUUCGGGUUGCAAGCCAAAAUUUGAGUUAAGAGUUCAGAUACGCCGCCCCAUGACUAAUGUAAAAGAAAAUGAAUGUAAUUUCAGGAGUUUAUUGAACUUGCAAAGAGCUGCUGUAGGCCACGACUCACACCCGGACGCUCACAAGCAGACUAACCGACUAAAGCUCCUGAUGUCACUCACUCGGCCACGCCCCUUAAAGGGACAACCCCAACACAUGACGACAAUGCUUACAGUAAUUACACUUUAUUUCUUUACAUUCUCCUUUAUGAAGUUUUUAUAAAAAUAGAGUCCUAUUUGUAUUCAUUAAAAACGUAACAAAAAAUGGUGGUGUUCUUUGGGGCGCUAGAAUGGAUGGCAUAUUUCAUUUCAAAGGGGAAUAUUGAUUUGAUAAAUGAAUGAAUUGAGUUACAAACGUGGUCGCCCAAUGAAUUAAACUUGCAAGUCAAGGUAACACUGUCUUCGGUGCAAAGUAACGUUGAAAUGUCAUAUCAAAAAUGGAAUUUUGAUGGACGGAAAGAACUCUGACUACCGAUGUUAAUCCAAGUUAGCUGCUAGCGAGAAAGCUAGCCGUCCCUUUUUUUUUUUUAUUUUUUUUCUGCAUACAGUUGAAUUAAAUGAAACAUAUUUCCACGCUAAAAUUCUCUGCAUAGCUACAGAGUGCACACAUAGCAUACAGUAAUAUAACUUUUACUCAAGUAUGAUUUUUAAAAGACCUUCCCACAUGUCUGCUAAUUUUUCUGGCUUAGGGUUUGGUUCUUGCUAGUGGGGAAAAAAAAAAAAUAAUUUCCGAUGUGAACCAUUCAUAGAGUGGCCAGCGCUUGAUUUUUCUCGAGUGCUUCAAUGUGCAAACUGUGAAUAAAGUUUUCAUUUGCGCUUGGA